AUGCUAUUUUGGGAGAUAUCUUCCUUCCCCAUGUAUCAGUCUCUCGACGGAAGUUUUAGAAGUGCAGAAGCACUAUGUACUGUGGCAGAAGAUGAUGAGGAAGAAUUUGUUUUCUCAAAGUUAUCUGACAAGCCAAGGCCUCGAAUUAUAGGAAAAGCCAAAUCAUGUGAAGAAAGAUCAAUUCUUGAACGAUCCAAAGGGUUUUCUCCACAGCACUUGUCUAAAAGUGCUGAAAACUCUUCUCAACCGGUAGAGCAUCAUGAUAAUGCUGUUUCUCUUCUGCAAAAAUCAGAUAUGAAUACCCCAGUAUCACUGAUAUCGGAUCCACAUCCAAUAAUGUCUGAAGGGUGGGAAGCUCUAAGGCGUUCCUUGGUAUAUUUUCGUGGUCAGCCAGUUGGUACAUUUGCUGCUAUGGAUAAUUCUGAUGAGAAACUUAAUUAUGACCAGGUAUUUGUAAGAGACUUUGUCCCAAGUGCUUUGGCAUUUCUGAUGAAUGGUGAACCUGACAUUGUUAAAAACUUUAUCUUAAAGACCCUUCGCCUUCAAUCAUGGAAGAAAAAGAUUGAUAGGUUCCAGCUAGCAGAAGGAGUAAUGCCAGCUAGUUUUAAAGUGUUGCAUGAUCAAAAAAGAAACCAUGAGACCCUGAAAGCAGAUUUUGGUGAGAGUGCAAUAGGCAGGGUUGCUCCUGUCGAUUCUGGAUUUUGGUGGAUUAUAUUACUUCGUGCAUACACAAAGUCCACAGGAGACACUUCCUUGGCUGAACUGCCUGAAUGUCAGAAUGGUAUGCACUUGAUUCUGAAUUUAUGCCUUUCAGAGGGAUUUGACACGUUUCCAACUCUUCUAUGUGCUGAUGGAUGCUGUAUGAUUGAUCGUAGAAUGGGUGUUUAUGGGUAUCCAAUUGAAAUUCAAGCACUUUUCUUCAUGGCUUUAAGAUGUGCCUUGCAAUUGCUUAAGCAAGAUGCUGAAGGGAAAGAGUUCAUGGAAAGAAUUGUCAAACGCUUGCAUGCCUUAAGCUAUCAUCUGAGAAGCUAUUUUUGGUUAGAUUUGAAGCAACUUAACGAUGUAUAUCGCUACAAGACAGAAGAGUACUCGCAUACUGCAGUCAACAAGUUCAAUGUCAUUCCUGAUUCUCUACCUGAUUGGAUUUUUGAUUUCAUGCCUCUUCAUGGUGGUUACUUUAUUGGGAAUGUUAGUCCUGCUAGGAUGGAUUUCCGCUGGUUUUGCCUUGGUAAUUGCAUUGCAAUUUUGUCCAGCUUGGCUACUCCUGAGCAAUCCACUGCAAUCAUGGAUCUCAUUGAAUCAAGGUGGCAGGAAUUAAUUGGAGAAAUGCCUGUAAAAGUUUGUUAUCCAGCCCUUGAAAACCAUGAAUGGAGGAUCAUAACAGGAUGUGAUCCAAAAAAUACUAGAUGGAGUUACCACAAUGGAGGAUCUUGGCCAGUUCUUUUAUGGCUCCUUGCCGCGGCUUCUAUCAAGACUGGAAGACCCCAAAUUGCAAAACGUGCCCUUGACAUUGCUGAAACAAGAUUGGUGAAGGACAAUUGGCCUGAAUAUUAUGAUGGAAAGCUUGGUAGAUACAUUGGGAAGCAGGCCUGUAAAUGCCAAACUUGGUCCAUUGCUGGUUACUUGGUGGCUAGGAUGAUGCUGGAUGAUCCAUCACAUUUGGGUAUGGUGGCACUUGAAGAAGAUAAACACCUAAGGCCUGUACUUAGAAGAUCAAAAUCAUGGACUUUGUAA